AUGCUUUCUUUAUUAUCUGCCAACUCUCUGGCUUUAUCAUUCGUUUUCAAACCGAAGGUUCCAGUUUCUCCUUGAAACCUACUCCAAUUUUGUUCUAACAUCUAACAAGAACAACCAUGAACGGUGAAUCUGAUCAGCUUCAUGUCCUAUUCUUCCCUCUAAUGGCACAUGGCCAUAUGUUACCAACCUUAGACAUAGCCAGGCUCUUCUCAGCUAGAGGUGUCAAAACCACCAUAAUCACCACCCCUAAAAACGCACCUCUCUUUACCAAAACCUUAGACAAAAUCCAAAACUCUUCCACCAAAAUCAGCCUCAAAAUCAUUCACUUUCCUGCCAAAGAGGUUGGCCUUCCUGAAGGUUUCGAAAAUCUCGAUCUUGUCACCGACCUACAAGUUCACCGCAAAUUCUUCGCCGCCACAUCCUUGCUCCAACAGCCUCUAGAUGAUCUCUUACAAGAACUGCACCCACAUGGACUUGUUGCUGAUAUGUUCUUUCCUUGGGCAACAGAUAUAGCAUCAAAGCAUGGAAUUCCGAGGUUGAUUUUCCAUGGAACUAGCUUCUUUUCUAUGUGUGCUAUGCACUGUGUGGAACAGUACAUGCCCCACAAAACUGUCAAAUCCGACACUGAACCCUUUGUGUUGCCUGGAUUACCAGACGAGAUCAAGUUGACAAGUUUGCAACUUGCGGAUCAUACACGAUUGGGUUUCGAGAAUGACUUUACAAGGAUGAUGGAUAGAGCUAAAGAAACUGAAAAACGAAGCUUUGGCAUGCUUGUUAAUAGCUUUUACGAGCUUGAGCCUGCUUAUGUUGAUCAUUACAGGAAUGUUAUUGGAAGGAAAGCCUGGCAUAUAGGCCCAGUUUCGCUUUGCAAUAGGAAUGCUGAAGAGAAAGCACAUAGAGGAACAGAGUCCUCCAUUGAUGAGCAUGAGUGCUUGAAAUGGCUUGGUUCCAAGAAACCCAAUUCAGUUGUUUAUGUAUGUUUUGGUACAAAUUCAAGAUUCCCAGCUUCUCAGUUACGCGAGAUUGCGUUAGGCCUUGAGGAUUCUGGGCAGGAAUUCAUUUGGGUUGUGAGGAAGGACAACAAUGAUGGUGAGCAAGAAGGAGAUAAGGAAGAUUGGUUGCCUGAAGGGUAUGAGAAAAGAAUGGAAGGUAAAGGACUAAUAAUCAGAGGGUGGGCACCCCAGGUUUUGAUUCUUGAACAUGAAUCAGUUGGUGGGUUUGUGACACACUGUGGUUGGAACUCAGCUCUUGAAGGAAUCAGUGCUGGGUUGCCAAUGGUAACAUGGCCUAUUUUUGCUGAGCAGUUCUACAAUGAGAAGUUGAUAACUGAUGUGUUGAAGAUUGGGGUUGGAGUUGGUGCUCAGCAAUGGAUUAAAUUGGUGGGAGAUUAUAUCAAAAAAGAAGCUUUAGAGAAGGCGGUGAAGGAGGUAAUGGUGGGUGAGAAAGCUGAGGAAAGAAGAGGCAGAGCCAAGGCACUAGGGGAAAUGGCAAAGAGGGCUGUUGAAGAAGGGGGCUCAUCUUACACUGAUUUGGGUGUUUUGAUUGGAGAAUUGAGGUCAUAUGGCGGAUUAAGAAAGCAAGAUUAAGUCAAAUUAUCAUUAUUAUGCUUGUUUGUUUUGUUGUGAUGCAAAUAAAUGAGGCCUCUUGUGCUUGAGAUGACCACAUAUUAUUAAGUCGAUAAUUUUUGCUUUUCUCCUGUCAGAAUUACUGGCACUCCGUUCGUAAAUUUGUAAUAGUUUUGUCUAGUUUCUACGUGGUACUUUACUACUUUUAACAUGUAUUUGUAAUUAUUUUUUAAGCACUAGAGAAGGAUUUGUUAUUGAAGUUGUGGGAAUUUGGUA